CUGAACGCGCCACACUCGCGCGCGCCAUUUUCCUCGUCAGAAAGCGCUCAAAAACGAAAACAUUUGUGUUUAAACGUCAACCUCACCUUAUUUACCCCCGCAUAACUUUAUCGUAUUACCUUAGGUGGCCUGAAAAUGAGUGACAUCGACGACGGGAAGCAGGAGAGGAGGGGGUCUCUCUCCCCAUCUAAAUUGGAUCGUGGAAGUCCAGCUCGGGCCGAGUCGAAGAACAGGUCGAGAUCCCCGAGUGCAUCCCGAGCCUCCAAACGCUCAGUGUCCAGAUCCCGCUCUCGAUCAAGAUCAAGGUCUAGUUCUAGGCCAGAGUCGACCCGUCACUCGCGCUCUCGAUCUCAUUCCCACCGACGGAGGUCCCGUUCUCGUUCCUACAGCCCCGACUCCCGCCGCAGGAAGAGCGAGAGCACCUCCCCGACGUCGAGCCGUCGCCGUCACACUGGCAGCAGGAGCCAUGACACAAAAGAAGCAAACAGUCAUGGCGGUGGUGCUGAUGUUAGGGAGAAGCCUGACCCCAACACAUGUUUGGGGGUGUUCGGCCUCAGCUUGUACACCACGGAGCGAGACCUGAGGGACGUGUUUUCGCGGUACGGUCCUCUGGCCGGGGUGAACGUGGUGUUCGACCAGCGCUCGGGCCGCUCCAGGGGCUUUGCCUUUGUUUACUUUGAGAAACUUGAGGAUUCCAAAAAGGCAAUGGAGCAAGUCAACGGUAUGGAGCUGGACGGCAGGCACAUUCGAGUGGAUUAUUCACUCACCAAACGGCCUCACACCCCCACACCUGGAAUCUACAUGGGCAGACCAACUCACAAUGGUGGCGGCGGCCGAAGAGGCAGGGACUCGCAUUAUGACAGAUACAACGACCGAUAUGACAGAUACAACGACCGAUACGACAGAUACGAUGACAGAAACGACCGAUACGACAGAUAUGACCGAUAUGAUGAAUAUGACUACAGAUACAGUCGCAGGCACUCCCCAUCACCGAGCUACGGUCGAUACAGGUCUCGCUCCCGAUCCCGCUCCUACAGCCCACGGCGCUACUGAGGUCCUGCACCUGUUCUGCAACCAGCAUGUCUUUAUUCACAGACGCUCCCUCCCAUCCCUUUUGAGUUUUUGUUUACAUACAAUAGGUGUCUUGAUUUGUUCAUGUUGUAUACUCACACAAAGUGUGAGGGGAGAACCUCUUUCUGUAGAUUUAAUCACAAUAUGUUACUUUUGGUUUAGUACUUGAACCUCUUCUGGUAAGUAUAAAGUAAAGUAAAGGUGUGUGUUCACA